UACAGUGGAAACAAGUCGAGAUCUCCUGGCCCACAGAACCCGCUUAAAAGUACCUGAAGGAUCGGUCUUGUAAGGAACAUUUUGAAUUAAUGCUCAUCAGCUACUGCUGCAGCUCUGAGAAGGUAUGUUUACACUUGUUUUCCUGGCCUUGCUUACAAUGAAUAUCUUUGCUUAUCUUGCAAAUGUACCCUUCUAUGAGUGUACCAUAACAGCUACUGCAAGAGACUAUGACCCUCAAGGUGGUGAAAUGUAUCAAAUAACAUUAGAUUUGAAACAAAAAUCUGCCACGAUAGAACAUUUUUUUCUCUUAAAGAAAACAAUCAUUAGCCUGUGUACAGAUUCCCCCCUCCCCUUAGAAAAAAAUGGGGGAGGGGGGCAUCUGUAAACAGCCUAAACAAUUUUCCCUUGCAAUGUACUUGUGGAAGAAUUAUGAAAUAUCUGCCAGGACACCAAAAACUGUAAUUUUUGCCUUAGAAUUCUCCUUUUUUUAAAAUUAGCUUACUGCACAGUGCAGAUCCUUUGGGUCAAACAGCACCCCACUGAACAGCUCACAUGAUUAGCUGUGUAAACAAUAGGAUAACCACACAAACAAUAACCCUAACCCUCAACACAAAAGGCAAUAUUGUUUUAGACGACCACUUAAAGUAGAGUUUCUUGUGAGCUACUGAGCCACUUUUAUUAUUGCCAAUACAGCUGAUCAAAUCGAUUGUAGUGGUUAGUGUCCAGUUGCUAUCUUAGAUCUGAGAGUAAGGGGGCAGUUGACAGAGUUUUAACAGCUAAUUUAUAAUGCUUCUUUGUUUUAUGGUGGUCUGCCAAAGCAAAAGGACAAAAGUAAGAGAGUGGAAGAGGAAGACUAGUAAACUGGACAAGGACAUAGGGAUAAAACAUCGGCCACACUGAAUCGAAGUAAGUUUACAUGUCUUUCGCCAAGAAAAAAUAACGGAAAAAGCUUACUCAGUAAAAUGUCUGUCAAAAGGCCCGGAGAGGCUUGUUUUCCCUACACUGUUGAAGGAGAAAUACCAUGGAGAAGAGAGGCCAUUGCUGGUUUGCACGUGACGUCCCGGCGGCCAUAUUGGAGGUCAAAAACAAAAGCAUUUGCCUCCUCUGGUAACUUAACUCUAUUUUCAUGUAAAUUCGUCAGGAAAAUAUUGUGUUGUAUUGACCUUCAACAUGGCCGCCUUGUCACGUGGUUGCAAACCAAGAAUUGGAGAGGGUUGCUUGAUAAAUUCUGUUGAAGGGGGUGAAAAGAUUACACCAAAGUUUCAAUUUAGCGGCCCUGCAGUCCAAAGUCUGAUUCAGCCUUUCAUGGAGCCAUUUGAACUCAAUUUUAACCAAUAACAGCCCUUUAAAAAGCCUAUUCCAGCCCACGCUGGGACGCAUUUCAACCCUUGGGUCCAAAUUAGCCCUAGAUAAUCGUACUGUAUUGUUGUUGAGAAUUCAUGUUAACAUAACGUUUACCAGAAAACCGAUGCCAGCUACCAAUAGAUGUGGUUAACACUGGAUGCUCAUAUACAGCCAUUCACAUUCUUAAUAUCCGAUAAUUAAUGGACAGUUUUAAAUUUCUUUCUCAUAAUUAUUAGCUAAACAGGGAAAGAGAACCUUGAGCCCCAAUAUAGUGUCGCAUUUUACAGAGAAGCGGAACUUAUCAGAAUUGUUGUUCUGUGAAAUAAAACUGGACUGUAAGAUCAAGGCACUGAAUGUGGAACAGAAAGAUUGA